GAGUCUCUGUCGCCAAGCCCAGACCAUGCUGCUGUCCAUCGUGCACUAGCGGUCCCAAAAAGUUCAAAGUCCACCAAGAUGGCAACCCUCAAGGACCAGCUGAUUGUGAAUCUACUUAAGGAAGAACAAGCCCCCCAGAACAAGAUUAUGGUUGUUGGGGUUGGUGCUGUUGGCAUGGCUUGUGCCAUCAGUAUCCUAAUGAAGGACUUGGCCGAUGAGCUUGCCCUUGUUGAUGUCAUGGAAGACAAGCUGAAGGGAGAGAUGAUGGACCUCCAGCACGGCAGCCUUUUCCUCAGAACACCAAAAAUUGUCUCUGGCAAAGACUAUAGUGUGACUGCGAACUCCAAGCUGGUCAUUAUCACAGCGGGGGCCCGUCAGCAAGAGGGAGAUAGCCGACUCAAUCUGGUCCAGCAAAAUGUGAACAUGUUCAAGUUCAUCAUUCCCAAUGUUGUGAAGUACAGUCCAAACUGCAAGCUGCUUAUUGUUUCAAACCCAGUGGAUAUCUUGACCUACAUGGCCUGGAAGAUAAGUGGCUUCCCCAAAAACCGAGUUAUUGGGAAUGGUUGCAAUCUGGAUUCAGCUCGGUUCUGUUACCUGAUGGGAAAAAGGCUGGGCAUUUACCCGCUAAGCUGUCAUGGAUGGGUCCUAGGGGAGCAUGGAGACUCCAGUGUACCUGUGUGGAGUGAUGUGAAUGUUGCUGGUGUCUCCCUAAAGAAUCUGACCCCAGAACUGGGCUCCGAUGUAGACAAGGAGCAGCGGAAGGAGGUUCACAAGCAGGUGGUUGACAGCGCCUAUGAGGUGAUUAAACUCAAAGGAUACACCUCCUGGGCCAUCGGCCUCUCUGUGGCCGACCUGGCUGAGAGCAGGAUGAAGAAUCUUAGGCUGGUGCAUCUCAUUUCUACCAUGAUUAAGGGUCUCUAUGGGAUCAAGGAUGAUGUCUUCCUCAGUGUCCCUUGUGUCCUGGGACAAAAUGGAAUUUCAGAUGUUGUGAAGGUGACUCUGACUCCUGAAGAGGAGGCCCGCUUGAAGAAGAGUGCAGAUACGCUCUGGGGCAUCCAGAAAGAGCUGCAGUUCUAAAAUCCUC